AUGAAUGAUGUUUGCUUAAAAAGCAUCGAAAACUCGGGUGAUCCGAUUAAAUUCUUAAGAGAGAUAAAAACGCAACAGAGGCUAAAUAAUAAUAAUUUUUUUAUAAAGGUUUUGGGUAUCACCAAACCAUCAAAUAGUUUGAAUUAUAUGGUGGUCACCCAACUUGCGGGCGAAGGAAGCCUUCGAGAAUACCUUGAUAGAAAAUAUAGUGAACUUUCAUGGCGCGAUAAACUCAACAUUUUAUGGCGCAUUUCCUAUGGGCUUAAAUUCAUUCAUUCUCGGAAAUUGAUUCACAAAGGUCUUCACAGCGGAAACGUGUUAAUAGGAGGUGGUGAUAUUUCGUAUAUAGGCGAUUUUGGCUUAAGUGAGCGAAUCAAUUACGGCACCCCUUCACUAAUCCUCGACCUAAUGAAAAGAUGUUGGAGUGCCGAGCCAAGAGAUCGUCCAACAGCAUUAGAGUUAUUUAAUACUUUGCACGAGUGGUGGAUGUGUUUGGAUGAAGGCUACAACGAAUCUCAUGAAAUGUUUAAGCAAAUUAGAGAAAUCGAAGAAUCCAACAAAGAUCUGAAUAAAUCAAAACCACUCAAGUACGUUACGCACCCGCAGGCAAUUUAUAUUAGUAGAUUUUUUGAUUUCCCGAGUGCAUUCCAUCGGUAG